CCCAGAUCUACACCAUCCCUACCCCUUUGAAUAUUCACGUUAUUCUUGGUUCAUUCCUAUGCUUCGACAUACCUUUCGUGCCAAACUACCCGUUUUACGACGCUUUUCUCAUGAUGACCGGUUUCAGCAGUUGAGUAGCCACAAAUUCAACUUCCUCCUCCACGAUUCCCUAGUGUUUCCUAAAAUCCCGCUACCGGAGUUGAUCUACGGGACGGUGGAAUCCAUAGACCCAACGAUCCAAAUUCCGAAGGAAAUAAUAGAAAAGCGGUUCAAGGAAGCGUACUACCAGGUGCUCAACCGGCAAGCAAGGGACCAGCUCCAGAAAAUGGAGAGCAAUGAUAGCACCCAAGGCUUGGUGAAACGCCUGGAAGCAGCAGCAGAUGGCAUCCACGAGGAAUUCUCCAUGGCAAAGCACGGUGCGACGAUAUUUUCGCCCAGAUACCAGCGGAUGUUGGUCUACCGAACGUUCAGCGGGCUUGUGACGGAAGACCAGUUCCGCAGCAUCCAGAAGAUGAACAUUUUUAGUCUCAUCGACGAUUUCUACUACGAUACGAUUAAACAAUUCUACUCGAUUCGGAAUAAACCAGAAAAGAGGAGAAAGAAGGUUAAUCAGAAUAUGCUUCAAAGAGAGACAAAGCCCGAGUUGUCAGCAGAGGCACGGCGAAUUGUCUCCGUGCUCAAGGUCCUCAACCACGACCGGCUGAAAAUUCAGUACGGACUUCUUGCUUCCUCUGUGUGGCGGUCUAUUGGCUUGCUCUUACCCAACAUCAUGAACUCUCUAGAGCGGAGCUCCCCAGACCAUCCUAUCUUUCACGAAUUUGUGGUCGGCGGCAAGACCACGGCUUUUCCGCGCGAGCUGCUCAUUCCCAUCAGCGACCCCGUCCACGACUUUGAGGUUGUGGAUGAGUAUAAAACAAAACAUGGCUCAGGGGAGAUUUCCGAUUUCGUCAGAUACGAACAGGCCCAAACCAUUCUCAAUGCAAAUGCCAAAUACCAGCGGAACGUGGAGUGUGUGGAAGCGUUGCUUAAGAAGAUGCAUCUGCUGGCGGCUAUCACAUACUUGGUGGUGGACGAGCCGGCGUUGGUGGAACAGUACUUGGCAGUGGCCAAGAGAUUGGGUCUCAAACUAGUGGUGCUUACCCAUAAGUUUCCCAAUCCGAUUACAACGGCAGACCAGGAGAGGUUCCAGGGCUUGGUCAAAAGAUUCCACGAAACGUACCUCAAACCGAUUUUUCAGGCCCGUGUGCGUAAGGGGGUCACCACGGCCAAGGAAGUUUUGUUUUACAGUACGUCCAAUAUCAACAAAGCCGCUCUUAAAACUCAAAGGAUUAACUUCGAGCAUUUGCUCCGGGAUUUUGACAAGCUUGUGGGGUAUAGUGUGGUCUACUUAGAAAAUACCGCUGGUUUGUUGGACUACAUCAAGGUAUUGCAGUUUAUCUCUCAGCCAAAAACAAUGUGCUUUAUCAAUGAGAUUCAAGGAGUGGAUGCGCCAGCAGGUGAAGCUCUCCCUGACAACGAAAUCGACGACUUUGAGGGUAGAAGAUUGCACGAUUUGUUUGCCAAAACGUUUAAGUAACGUGCUCUAAGAUUGGCCUAAUGUACAUAGUAAUAAUAACCAGGACCGU